CCCCCCGCCUCGUUCCCCAUUCACAACUCGCAUCGCACAAACCCCAAACAGAGAGCCAAAGCAUUCUCUGUCUCACAUCACAACCACCGUCUCCGGACUCCUCUUCUCGUAAUCUCUAGGCUUUACACCGCAAGCACCAGCAAAACACAAAUGGCUCGCUUCGCAAUUGUCGCCGCCAUGGUCGCGCUCCUGGCCGUCACCGCGGCAGCGCAGGGACCCGUGCCGGCCCCGAAGAUGGCCCCGCUCCCGGCGCCUCCGGCAAGGUCCCCGACCGCGGCCGCCCCUGCGCCGGUCGCCACGCCUCCCAUGGCCGCGUCGCCGUCGUCGUCACCGGUGGCGUCUCCCCCGGCGCCGCCCACCGACGCCCCCGUCGGCGCUCCUGCCGCGAUGACGCCCUCCGCCGUCUCCGCCACGCCUGCCGGCGCCCCGGUAGUCACUCCCGCGAGCUCCGCCGUGUACGCCUCCUCGGUCAGCUUCGUCGCCGUCGCCGGUGCCGUCGCCGCCGCCGCCGUCAUGUUCUAGAUGUGGAGCGAGCGAGGAACUCUGUUUUACUGCUGUGGCUGUUUAUACUGCGAGAUUCUUUUCUGAUUCUUUUUUAGAGACCGCAGAGAGACAAGAGAGGGAGGGAGAGAGAGAGGCAUGACAUUGCCAUGUUAUUAUCUUGUUACAUAUGGACGAGAUUAUAUUAAUGGAAUUCUUUGAUUUGUUACACAUUA